AUGGCGACUCGCUUACGAUUCGUUUCGAGAUCUUCUCGUUACGCCACCGUCAAGCUAGCUGAGUCUGCCUCGGUAUGCUCAUGUCGUCUCUUCUCUGCCUCCUCAGACACGACUCACCCUGAACCCGAAUCUCAACCCGAACAAUCCCCGUCUAAUAAUGCCGUCACCGCAGACGGAGAGCGACUCGAAAAGCUGCGGAACAUACGAGUCCUUAUCCAGCAGAAUCGAAUCGAAACGGCGCGUGGAGUUCUCACUUCGCUGGUACGGUCGGGCUCUGCGCCUUUCACAUCGCCGAAAGAGCUCUUCUCUGCCUUCUCUCUAUCGUCUCCGUCGCUGAGAAACGAUUUCUCCUACUUGCUUCUCUCCGUGCUAACCGAAUCGAAGAUGAUCUCCGAAGCCACUGAUUUGUUCUUCGCCUUGCGGAACGAAGGUAUUUAUCCCAGCUCAGAUUCCUUGACGCUUCUGCUCGAUCAUCUCGUCAAGGCGAAACAAUUCAGAGUGACGAUAAACGUGUUUCUGAAUCUCCUGGAAUCGGAUUUUCGUCCGAGCAAGUUCAUGUACGCGAAAGCAAUUCAAGCCGCCGUCAAAUUGAGCGAUUUAGGUAAAGGUUUGGAGCUGUUUAAUCGCAUGAAGCACGAUCGAAUCACUCCCACUGUGUUUAUAUACAACGUCCUCAUCGAUGGAUUGUGUAAAACGGGAAGAAUCAAGGAUGCAGAAGAGUUGUUCGACGAAAUGCUUAAGAGAAGAUUGGUGCCCACUUUGGUAACGUAUAACACCUUGAUCGAUGGAUAUUGCAAAGCUGGGAAUCCUGAAAAGACUUUUGAGGUGAGAGAAUGCAUGAAAGCGGAUAACAUCAGUCCCAAUCUUGUUACAUUCAAUACUUUGCUCAAAGGGAUGUUUAAAGCAAGAAUGGUGGACGAUGCGGAGAAUGUUCUCAAGGAGAUGAAAGAUCAUGGCUUUGUACCAGAUGCGUUUACUUUCAGUAUUCUGUUUGAUGGUUAUUCAAGUAACGAAAAGGCUGAGGCUGCUUUGGGUGUUUAUGAGACAGCGGUUGAUUCCGGCGUGAAGAUGAAUGCUUAUACGUGUAGCAUUUUGCUGAAUGCUCUGUGCAAAGAAGGAAAGACGGAGAAGGCUGAAGAGAUUUUGGGGAGAGAAAUGGGUAGAGGGCUUGUUCCGAAUGAGGUUAUCUAUAACACGAUGGUUGAUGGAUACUGUAGAAAAGGUGAUAUGGUUGGAGCUCGAGUGAAAAUCGAAGCGAUGGAGAAACAAGGGAUGAAGCCAGAUCAUUUGGCGUAUAACUGUUUGAUUAGGAGAUUCUGUGAAUUGGGGGAAAUGGAGAAUGCUGAGGAAGAGGUUAAGAACAUGAAACUGAAGGGAUGUUCUCCUAGCGUGGAGACAUAUAACAUCUUGAUCGGAGGCUAUGGAAGACGGAGCGCGUUUGAUAAGUGUUUCGACGUUCUCAAAGAAAUGGAAAACAACGGGACGAUGCCGAAUGUAGUUAGCUACGGAAACCUGAUACAUUGUUUGUGCAAAGGCUCUAAGCUUCUUGAAGCUGAGAUUGUUAAGAGGGAUAUGGAAGACAGAGGGGUUUCACCCAAUGCAAGGAUAUAUAACAUGCUGAUUGAUGGUUGUUGCUCAAAGGGGAAAAUAGAAGAUGCUUAUCGGUAUUCUGAGGAGAUGCUGAAAAAGGGAAUAGAUUUGAACUUGGUGACUUAUAACACCCUCGUUAAUGGGUUGGCCAUGGCAGGGAAAUUCGCAGAAGCCGAAGACCUGCUUCUCGAAAUCUCAAGAAAGGGUUUUGAAGCAGAUAUAUACACGUAUAACUCGCUGAUAUCUGGAUAUGAACAUGCUGGAAUCUCGCAAAGAUGUAUGGCGCUGUAUGAAAAGAUGAAGAGAUCAGGAAUAAAACCUGAUUUGAAUACAUAUCAUCAUUUGAUCAGUGCGUGCUCCAAGGAGGGGAUAGAGCUCACUGAGAAAAUACUUGGAGAGAUGUGGAUGGAACCAGACUUGUUAGUAUACAAUUUGGUUCUUCAAUGCUACGCCGUACAUGGAGAUACGGAUAAGGCUUCUAAAAUGCAGCAGGAGAUGAUGGAGAAGGGAAUCGGUUUGGAUAAGACGAGUUACAACAGUUUGAUUAUGGGACAUUUGAGAGUAGGAAAGCUGAGUGAGGCUAGAAGUUUGUUUGAGGAGAUGAAAGCACGAGAAUUGGAUCCUGAAGGUGAUACGUAUAACAUAAUGGUGAAGGGGCAUUGUGAGAGGAAGGAUUAUAUGGGAGCGUAUGUUUGGUAUAGAGAGAUGCAGGAGAAGGGUUUGCGGUUGGAUGUUUGUAUAGGGGAAGAGCUAGUGACUGGGCUUAAAGAAGAAUGGAGGUCUAAGGAGGCAGAGAUUGUCGUUUCUGAAAUGAAUGGUUGCAAGCUUGAUGAUGUGACAGUGGAAGAGGCUCUAUCUGCAACAGAGAAGCUGUGA